AUGGUUGGGAUUCUUCGUGAUUACAAUCUAACUGAGUUUUCUCACGCACAUGCACAAGAUUCUAUCCGUGCUUUGCGUUCACUUCUAGAGAAUUUGAAGGAGGCAUAUAGAAGAGAGAGAGAGAGUGGGAAGUUGUAUCGAUGGAUUUUGUGCAGUAAGGUGAAUGGGUCCAACCAUCCUAAUGUGCAUGGAAUUCUGAGACUUCCAAAGGAGUGCUUUAGUGUUUUUGAACAUGGUGCAUAUUUAUUUAUACUCCAAAUAAUAGCCGUCAGCUGUGGCAGUAUUUUAUUUAUCUGUUAUACCCUCUUUGUUCUUGAUAUUUAUAUAAGUGCUCCAGGUGGUACAGAAAAGGGCUCAGAACAUUCUGCUUCAAAAAAAAGUGAACCAGAAAGGGAUCAGCUACCUCUUAUUACAGUGCCUGCACUGUCUUUAAAUGAAAUCAAAGCAAAGACUCAUGAUUUCAGCUUGCAGUCUUUGGUAGGUGAAGGGUCACAUGCAAGAGUAUAUAAGGCAGUUCUAAACGGCAACAGAGAAGUUGCAAUAAAAAAGCUCGAUACACCAUCCAAUCCUGAGUUGAAUACUGAGUUUUUGAACCAGCUCUCUAUGGUAUCAAGAUUGAAGCAUGAGAAUUAUGUUGAACUGCUAAGCUAUUGUGUCGAGGGAAAUUUUCGUUUGUUGACGUUUGAGUAUGCAACUAUGGGUUCUCUACAUGAUUAUUUGCAUGGUAGAAAAGGUGUUCGUGGUGCACAGCCUGGUCCUUUGCUUAAUUGGAAACAGAGGGUAAGAAUUGCAUUGGAUGCAGCAAUGGGGUUGGAGUAUCUUCAUGAGAAGGUUGAGCCUUCCAUAGUGCAUCGGGACAUCAGAUCCAGCAAUGUUCUUUUAUUUCAGGACUUCAAAGCAAAAAUUGCAGACUUCAAUCUUUUAAACCAAGCUCCUGAUACGGCCUCUCGCCUUUAUUCUACCCGCGUCUUGGGAACCUUUGGUUAUCAUGCACCAGAGUAUGCUAUGACUGGUCAACUGACACAGAAAAGUGAUGUGUAUAGCUUUGGUGUUGUUCUUUUGGAGCUUCUAACCGGAAGGAAACCAGUGGAUUGUGCAAUGCCUCGAGGAGAGAAGAGUCUGGUUACUUGGGCGACUCCAAAGUUGAGCGAGGAUAAGGUUAGACAGUGUGUUGAUCCACGGCUGAAGGAGUAUCCAGCAAGAGCAGUUGCUAAGUUUGCAGCAGUUGCAGCUCUAUGCGUGCAGUAUGAAGCUGAGUUCAGGCCAACCAUGUCUUUUGUGGUGAAUGCACUCCAAGCACUAGUGAGGAAGGACUCAACAGCUACUGCCUCUGCUUCUAAGAUUAUGACAUGAACCAACUUUUU